AAAAGUCAAAAUGCAUAAACUAACAUUUAAUAAUUUCUAUUUUUGGUUCCUUAACAUGUGCCUUAAGGGCACAAGUUAACAUUCUCCUAUUUUUAUAUCUAACACCAUACCAGUACCGCUAUAUAAGGAAUAGACCUUAUAAAUAUAUAUAUAUAUCUCACAGUCCACUCUCUUAUAUGAAUGUCCAUCUCCAUCCAUCCAUCCACUUUCUUUUCCUAAACAUGUCUGCAACUCAUCACCUUCUUCAAUUCACAAUCAUCCUCAUUCUAUCCCUCUCAACAUCAUCUUUAACAACUUCAAUCCCACAAGAGCUUCUCAAAGGCUUCUCCACAGUUCCACUCUCAUCAUCAUCAUCAUCAUCAUCAUCACCUUCAACAUCUUUUCAACCCAUUCUCACCGACCCAACCGGUAACUUCUCUCUUGGCUUCCUCCGCCAAAACCAAAACGAUCUACAACUAGCCAUCAUUCACACACCUUCCUCCCAAACAUUCUGGAUCGCUAACCCAACUCACUCCUUUUCUUGGUCACACACCACCCGCUUCUUCUUCAACGGCAGCCUUGUUUUGUGGGAUCCACAAAGAACCCUCACCUGGUCAACCGCCACUGACGGUGACCGUGUGAUUCUCCUCAACAACUCAAACUUACAAGUUCAAACCAAAAAUGCUGCACCACUUUGGGAAAGUUUUCAUUUUCCCACAAAUACCCUUGUUCAGAAUCAAAAUUUCACUUCUAACAUGUCGUUAGUUUCUUCUAACGGUCUUUAUUCUUUAAGGUUAGGUGAUACUUUCAUGGGUUUAUACGAAAACAACGGCCAAGAAAAAGGAAGGUCGUUAUCAAAACGGUUAUUUCUGUUAUACUGGAAACGAACGGCGUUAGAAGCUAAAGCUUUAAUAGUUAACGGUGAAGGACCCAUUUAUGCAAGAGUUACCACAGAGGGUUAUAUUGGAAUGUACCAAACUAGCCCUAAACCUGUUGAUGUUCAGAAGUUUAAUAGUUUUCAACAAACGUCGUCGUUUCUUUUGGUUCGGUUAGAAUCUGAUGGAAAUCUUAAAGGGUAUUAUUGGGAUAUAACAAAGUCUAGUUGGAUGCUUAAUUUUCAAGCUAUUACUGAAACUUGUGAGCUUCCUAAUCCGUGUGGUUCGUACGGUUUAUGUAUUCCUGGUGGGUCUAGUUGUUCUUGUUUAGAUAAUAAAACCCGGUUUGAACCGGGUGAGUCGGGUGAACCGGGUAGUUGUUUUAAUAAUGAUGGUGGUGGUGGUGGAGAUGGAGGAUUGUGCGGUGGUGAUGGGAUUGGCGGAGAUAAUGGUUACUAUGUUUUGAGAAGAAACGGAGUGGAGCCACCGCAUAAGGAGUUAUUAGAGGAAGUAACGACGUUAUCUUCAACGGAAUGUGAAAAUUUGUGUGAGAAAGAUUGUAGGUGUUGGGGAGCAUUGUAUAAUAAUCAAACCGGGUUUUGUUAUGUUUUGGAUUAUCCAAUUGGGACAAUGUUGGGAACAAGGGAUGAGUCAAAGGUGGGUUAUUUUAAGGUGAGGAAAGGUGCUCGGAAGAGGAAUAAGGUUGGGGUUAUAAUUGGAAUUGUGGUUGGUCUUUUGUUUGGUGUUGUUGUUAUUGGUGUUGGGAUUUGUGUAAUGAGGUGGAAAAAAAAGAAAGGGAAUCUAAAAGAGGAAGAUGGGAAUUGGGCUUCACCCGGCCCGUAUAGGAAUCUUGGAUCCGAAAGUUUUAGAUCCGUUGAGUUGUCGGGUAGUGCUCAAUAAUUACCGUGUCAUGCUAACUAGUGUUCCAGAUGGGAACAGAUCCUCUCCCGUGAGGAUUGCAUUGGAGGAAAUUCAGUGUUCAUCCGCACCAUUCAUUUCUUUUUUAACGCUCAACUGCCUGCAAACAUAAAAAACUUCAACGGUCCAGAUCUCACUGGACAAUACUAAUCACGAGAGAGGAUUCGUUCUCGUUCGAGGCAGUAGUUAAGAAAACAAAAAGGGCAUCUUUUGACUUAAGAGCACUUCAAUAAGACGAUGCGUAUCUCUUUUAGGUUAACCAAUAUUAUGAGUUCGAUUCAUAUAUUGGGUAUGCAACAACGUUAAAACUCAUUCUUAUAAGGAGUUUUCCACCUAUUUGAAUCCAUAAAACUCGAGAGGUUAGUCUCUGCAAUUAUACGCAGAAGAUAGUUUACGCAAAAAAAGACAUGUUAUGCAUUGUAAAUAGCAUUUUUUAUAUUUUAAAAAUAUUGACUA